GGUGUAGAAUACCCUACAGAGGGUCAGAGCACACUGUGUUCUAUGGACAAUACACUAGACAAUUGACGGAUGUCAAAGUGUUUAAAGUAGGGUGUCAUCCACCCAUCUAUGUAUGUAUAGUACACAGGGCCGGGAUCACAUACCAUACUACCACACACUGCGGUAAACGUCGCAGCAGUUUAUGAAUGUACUAGUCGGUGAAACUAGAAAAUACGGCAGCGCUCUACACACGUAGUGGAUAUGGGUUCUCUAUUUAUAAGCGAGGCAUAGGAAGAAAUUGGAUCAAUCGCUCACGCCAGAGACAUCUCCUUGGAGCGAACGCACUGUUUCCCAUUUACAACACGUGAAGGUAGCUCGCGGUAUGCAUAUUCAAGGCAAGGUUGCGCUGGUGACGGGAGCCGCUCAGGGUCUGGGAUAUGCAUUUGUUAGGGCACUACUCGACAAGGGAGCGAAGAUUUGUUUCUGUGAUAUCAAUACAAAUCAAGGAGAGGCUACAUUAAGAGAACUGUCCGAAAAAUAUGGCGCAGAUAAUGUCAUGUUCCGGCGCUGUGACGUCACGGUACAGGAAGAAAUGGAAGAGCUAUUCAAGGCCACGAAGGACCGAUACGGAAGAAUUGACAUAGUGUGUAACAAUGCCGGUAUGGGCGGGGAGACGUACCCACAAUGGGAGAAGGUCGUCGACGUUAAUAUCAAAGGAAUGACGAGGGGCUCUUUUAUUGCUUUUGAAUACCUUCGAAAUGACAAGGGUGGAAAUGGAGGCGUCAUCGUCAAUAUCUCGUCUGCGGCAGGCUUGUCAGUCAACCCUAUGUCACCUGUUUACUGUGCUACGAAAUCUGCGAUCAUUGCACUCAGCCGGUCUCUAGCUGUUAACGAGGAGGUCCAGAAGUGUGGAAUACGGGUAAACACGCUCUGUCCGUCUUUUGCUGAUACUGACCUCGUGAGACAAAUUGCACCAUUUUCACUACACGAAGAUGAUCAGACGAAAUCGGAAAACACGGCAAAAGUCACUAAAUUCCUCAGCGCACAUGGUAUUAUGACGACAGAGACGGUAGCAGCAAGUUUUAUAGAGCUGGUUACAGAUGAAACAAAAAAUGGUGCUGUUCUUCGGGUUUCGAAAGGGAAAGGAAACGAAUAUUGUAAGAUUGAAGUCAGUGUAUGAUGGUUUGACGUGUCCCUGAAGUACCCACACAUUUUAUCACAACACCUGCCAAUUAUAUCAGCCUCAAUGGAAGGUCAUCAGUUCAUCACAGUAAAUUCAAUGUGACGAUUCUGUCAUCCAAACUAGAAUAUUAAACGCAGCUGCCGGACAAUCAUUCACCAUCAGAUUUAAUUUUGUAGACUACAUACGAGAAUUGGUUGUGAUGUUCUAUGUAAUAAAUUGUCCCCUUUUUCGAGAAAUUCGUUUAUUGCACACAAGACGAAAUUCUGAAAAAGGAAGCUAUAUAAGGUAUUUCAGUAUUGUUAACACUUGUCAAAAGCAUUAUUACAUUGAGUGAAAUAUGUCACCUUAACAGCAGCAUUUGAUUAUAAAGUGCCGAUAUUUAUAUAACGAUAUACGUGUAUAUGGCAAUUCAUCGAUCAUGCACUGAAAACGUUGUAUGUCACCACCAACAUGUUUAUGUGAGGAGGAAAUCCCAUAGUGUUUGGUUGUGAAUGAGGGCCAAAUCCCAAGAUGUCUUAAUGUUAUUUUUUGUUUUGUGACCUUAUUAUCCAUAUCUGUUGUGUUUAUUAUGGAAUCUCAUAUAACACUGGAUGUUGUGAUCAUGUAAUCAAUUUAUGUAUAUUUACUUAUUAUUGUUAUUUGAUGUAAUGCCAAGGUCACUAACUCUUACCGAUUCAUUGUUGUUAUUAUCUUACAAGUUGACAGCGAUUGUGUCACACAAAGUUUCUACAUAUUUUACAGAAUUUUUUUUUCUGUAUAAUAAUGGUUAGGUCAUUCGAUUUUGUUUAAAGCAAUGACCUGUAAUUCCUACAGAUUCUUAUCAAUCAUAUUUAUUUACGCUUUCCUUAUUUUCACUUAAGUCAAAUGAUGUCAUUGAUAUAUACACCUAUUGCGGCAUAUUAUUCGCUACUGCAUAGUACAUGUAUUUAUUUUGAUAGUCAUUGUAGUGCUAUCAGAAUGAAAUGUCUACAUGACAUAUAACCUAAGGAUGCUUCAUUUUGUAUCAUAUUUAUAUUUGCUUUUAAUGUAACAAUAAAACGCUAACAUUCAUAAAGAAGUGCACUUAUCAUAUAACUAUCUGUAGUUAUGUAAAGCGUGAAACCUAGAAUACACUACUGUCAGAGGAAAAUGUUUAACGUGAACAAUCAUGAUCAUAGCAACAUACAUGUGAACACUCGAUGGUGCAUGGUUUCUCGUUUACAGUGUUCAUACUUUGUGUAAUUAGGAGUUUUGUAUAAUAUAGAGUUUAACUUCACUUAUGGUGUUAAAUGGACCAAACAAUUUAAUAGUAGCAUUGGUAUGUACAUCAUACAGAUGAUACUUGAAACUUUGAUAUUAUCCAUGGUUACGAUUCCAGAUACCUUUUAAGAACUUUUCAAGACAUCAAUACGAUAACAAGAUAAUAUUGAUGGCAAAACAUUAUUCGUAUUGUGAAGUUGUUGCCGUUUUAACGAAAACAAUUCAAUAGCAACAUUUUGUCAUUUGAAACACCCAUUCAGUUAUUUACUAAAAGUAAGCAAUGAAUAAACACUUUCAAACUUUGUUUUAUUUGUGGCAUUUAAUUUAUUUUGACGUUCAACCACGGCAUGUUAUUUAAUACAUGUUGUCAGCAACAACCUAUUGGGUGCUAGUUUUCAACAAUCAUGGCAUAAUAUUCUUUUGUAUAUGUAUGUAACACGAGAAGAAAUUGUGACAAACAUUAUUUUUGUCUUUUACAAAACCUUUUAGUUGACACGGGUUAGCUUGAUUUGUUUACAUCAGACGUAGUGCUUUAAGAUGUAAUUAUUGUUCGAUGUAUUUUAUAUUGCAUUUAUUACAUCUAUGAAUACAUAUUUAUACAGAUUAAUAAAAAUACAGAUUUUAAGUAUGAAA